AUGCCUAAAAGAUCGGAUGAUCAAGAUCCGGAUAUCGAAAGCAUGAAAGACGAAAUCUCCGAACUUGCCGAGGAUAUUCACAGAACAUUAGACAUCGGAAAGAGCUCGCAGGAAAACACCGAUGAAUUACCGAUCUUCGAAGCCCGUGUUUUCCAACUCAAUAGCGCAUUUGAGAAGUUUGUUUCAUUGAUCGCUGAAAUACGGAAAGAGUUGAGAAGGGAUAAAAUGCCUUAUGUCGAAUUCAUGAAAUUGAAGGCUAAGGUGCAAACUGAGUACUAUGAAACCUUAGCCUUUUCAAUAAAGAGAAAUAGUCCGUCGCGCAACACGACUUUGUGUUCCAAUCUGUCCGCAGGACAUUUGGUCCAUCUGAAAUUGCCCAGCCUGGAGCUGCCUAUCUUUGACGGUGAUUUGUCAAAAUGGACUCCUUUCAAGGAUACGUAUGUGUCGUUAAUACAUACGAAUGUAGAUUUAAUGGAGGUGCAAAAAUUUCAUUAUUUGAAAUCCUGUCUGAAGGGAUCCGCGGCUCAAGUUAUUUCCGCUAUCGAAAUAUCUGAGGCUAAUUAUACACAAACUUGGGAGGCCCUUGUGAAAAAAUACGAUAGGAAUCGUAUUAGGGCAAUGAAUCAUUUGACCCACCUUUUCAACUUCAAACCCAUGACGAAACUAACCUGCGAAACUUUAGAAAACUUUUCCGCGAUUGUUUUGGAAAAUUGUAACGCGUUCCGGAAAAUGCAACUUCCGGAUAGUGUCGGAUUUGUGCUGUAUACUUUCGCCUUGCGUCUCUUAGACUCCAAAACGCGGAAAAAAAUUGAAAAUAGGACUCCUUAA